AGGAAAUCUAUGUCAAUGUUGAAGGUGUCAAACCCCUAAGCUCAAGAUCAUCUGCAAAACAAGAAGGGUAAUUGCUGCAGAGCUGACCUUCUAGGAAAGAGUUUGCAUUCUCAUGAGCAAUGGAGGAAGUCUAUGACAAUGCUGUUGAUGUCAAAACCCUAAACUCAAGAUCAUCUGCAAAACAAGAAGGUCCCAGGAGACUUCUCAGAGUGUCUGUUCUCGGUCUGGGGCUGCUGAGUGUUUUCCUGCUGGCUGGACUCAUCGGCCUCGCUGUCCACUACCAUUACUCAGUAGGUGGUGCAGCUGCAGAUUUCUCCGCUGUCAAAGCAAACCUGACCUCAGUGACUGAAGAGAGAAACAACCUCACUGAGCGUCUCCAGGCCAGAGAUCAGCUGAUCAACCAGCUGAAUGUCAGCCUCACCAAAAAGACCAGAGAGGUGGACAGGCUUCAGUGUUUGAUGGACAAGGCAAAAACGUGUCCUGAAGGAUGGAGGAUGGUCGGUUGUGUCUGUUAUCUCCUCUCUACUGAGAAAGCUUCUUGGGAACAAAGCAGACAAGACUGCACAGCCAGAGGAGCAGAUCUGGUGAUCGUAGACAGUUAUGAAGAACAGGAAUUCAUCACCAGCAUGAUCAAGGAACAAACUUGGAUUGGUUUGAAUGACAUAAACCAAGAAGGGACCUGGAAAUGGGUCGAUGGAACUCCACUGAAUCUGAAGUACUGGGGAUCGACCCCUGAUAAUGGUAGUGGAGAUCCAGUGUGGGGUGAAGAGGACUGUGCAAGUCUUGUAGAUGGAAGGGAAACCAGAACAAACUGGAAUGAUCUGCGGUGUGCUACCCGUCUGCAAUGGAUCUGUGAAAAAAUGGCUUAACUUGUGGCUGUGAGGCAGUGGGUUUGUCUUCAAAUAGGAAGGCUGUGGGUUCAACCCCAGCUCCUGCCAUCAACAUGUCAAUGUAUCCCACUUAACCCCAAAUUGUUCUCUUGGCCAAUGUUUGAAUGUUAUGUGCUGUUUACACGAUAACGCAAACGGUUGUAUCCGCAACUUUUGUCUUUCGUUUAGCCCGUUCGUUCACAAG